GGGGUUCACCUAGAAGCUUCUACUGCACGAAAAGCUUCACCUUCCAGUUGCUUCGGGCUGGAAUACGUGCAGGUGCGCUGCAUUCCAAUUGCUUCCUAUAGCUGCAAACAGUUCCACACCUGCAAUAUUACUUUAAACUUUCACUUUCAAGGCAAUCACGUUCUCUCCAGUCUUCACCCAGCUCUUCAUAAAUUCUCAUACCGUCUCAAUAUUUCAGUAUUUGCUAUCACAUUCCCUUCCCCCCACUACAACCUUACAACCUUACAACCUUACAACCUCACCACCGUCAACGACACAGAUCCAAUCCUACCACCUAGUGUACCUUAGGCAUAUAGCAGCCUGAUCCGAUUACACAAACCCACAACUACAAAUAUGGCGACCUCGGAACAACCUAAGAAGCGUAGCUACGUCUUCUUCGACAUCACCAUUGGCACCAAACCCGCCGGUCGCAUCACCUUCGAGCUAUACGAUGAUGUUGUGCCCAAAACCGCCGACAACUUCCGCGCGCUAUGCACAGGUGAGAAAGGGCUCGGAAAGUCAGGCAAACCCCUUCACUACAAGGGUAGCAUGUUCCACCGUGUCAUCAAGCAAUUCAUGAUCCAGGGUGGUGACUUUACUGCUGGCGACGGAACCGGCGGCGAGAGCAUCUACGGCGAGAAGUUUGAGGACGAGAACUUUGAGCUCAAGCACGAGCGUCCCUUCCUACUUAGCAUGGCUAAUGCUGGACCUGGCACCAACGGCUCUCAAUUCUUUGUUACGACCGUCCCCACGCCGCACCUCGACGGGAAGCACGUUGUUUUCGGUGAAGUCAAGUCAGGAAAGUCUAUAGUUAGGCAGAUCGAGAACCUGCGUACCAAUAACGACAAACCUGCGGAGGACGUUAUCAUCACGGACUGUGGCGAGCUCUCCGGCGCCGCCGCACAGGUAUCCGACGUUAAGGCCCCGGAUGCCUACGGCGAUCAGUACGAGGACUUUCCCGAAGACGAGGCUGACCAGCCACUUUCUGCGUCGCGUGUGCUCCAAGUAGCUAGCGACUGCAAAGACUUCGGCAACAAGGCUUUUAAGGCCGGCGAUGUGCUCGGCGGCCUCGAGAAGUACCAGAAGGGUCUGCGAUACCUAAAUGAGGAGCCCGAGGUUAAAGACGACGAGAAGGAUCUGCGCCAGAAGCUCGACGCUCUGCGCUUUACGCUCAACUGCAACUCUGCGCUGCUUAACCUUAAGCUCGAGGCAUGGGAUGACGCCCAGCGCACCGCUGCGGCUGCCCUCGCCGUCUCCGGUGUCUCCGGUGUCUCCGACGUAGAGCGUGCCAAGGCGCUGUACCGCCAAGGUCUCGCCCUCGUCAAGUUAAGAGAUGAGGAUUCAGCCCUCGCAGCUUUAGAGCAGGCCAAGAAACUGGUUCCUAACGAUGCUGCCAUCACCAAGGAACUCCAGGCGGUUAAGAAGCAGGCUGCAGCUCGCCUGGCCAAGGAGAAGGCUACGUACAAGAAAUUCUUCUCGUGAUCCCGCUAGCUGCUCUUUAAAAUGGCGAGGGGCAAUGAAGAAAAUCGUUCACGGAGAUUAGGAUAGAGUAGGCGCCGAAAAAAACAAUGAAUAUGAUGAAAGGAGAGGGUAAUAACUUCGUACGAGAGAAGACCUGGUUGAUGCGCUUUGACAAUUAAGUUCUCGAUAAUGGUUCCUAACCUAACGUAUGAUAAGGGGUUAGGAGUGAGCAAAGGGGGAAAAAGCCAAAAACUAUUUAAUUACCUCAAGGUAUAAAGGAGAAGGGGGGUUUGGUCGGGUGUCAGGCUGGACAUCGAUCUUUUCCAACCCUUCGGAGUCUGCAUGUUUAUAGAUAAAGGAAGACGGCUGUUAGUCACCACCUAUCUCAUGUAUUUGGCGAGAGCAAACGCAUACCUAGCACACAUACAUAAGGCAAGGUUAGAUUCUAGGGAGCGUAGGGUAUUUCUGAACUGGGAACCUGAAUGAAUGAUAGAAUCCAUGAAAUUACAUUUCAAACAUCACAAUUCGAACUACAUGUUUGAGAACCCAACGUGUUGAAUAUCUCUCCA